GUGUGUGUGUGUGUGUGUGCGCGAGAGCAGGGAACGUGUGCGCGCGGUAAUGGCUGCCAGGGAGAGUGAGGAAGACAACAAAUGAACCCUCGAGACACGAUUCAAAGUGAGGACUAGGAUGGUAAGCAGCCAGCCGAAGUACGAGCUGAUCCAGGAGGUGGGGCGUGGCAGUUACGGCGUGGUCUAUGAGGCAGUGGUAAAGCGCACUGGAGCCCGGGUGGCGGUGAAGAAGAUCCGCUGCCACUCUCCAGAGAAUGUGGAGCUGGCCCUGCGGGAGUUCUGGGCCCUGAGCAGCAUCCAAAGCCAGCACCCAAACGUCAUCCACCUGGAGGAGUGUAUCCUGCAGCGGGACCAGCUGGCCCAGAGGAUGAACCACGGCUCCAGCUCACCGCUCUACCUGGAGCUGGUGGAGACCUCCCUGAAGGGUGAGAUCACAUUCGACCCGUGCUGUGCCUACUACUUGUGGUUCGUCACGGACUUCUGCGACGGAGGAGACAUGAACGCCUACCUGCUGUCCCGCAAGCCCAGCCGCAAGACCAACACCAGCUUCAUGCUGCAGCUGGGCAGCGCCCUGGCCUUCCUGCACCGCAACCAGAUCAUACACCGCGACCUCAAACCGGACAACAUCCUCAUCUCGCAGGCCUGCACGCCGGCCGGUUCGUCCGAGCCCACCCUCAAAGUGGCUGACUUCGGCCUGAGCAAGGUCUGCUCCACCUCGGGGCUCAACCCAGAGGAGCCAGCCAGUGUCAACAAGUGCUUCCUGUCCACAGCAUGCGGAACGGACUUCUACAUGGCCCCGGAGGUCUGGGAGGGCCAUUACACGGCCAAGGCGGACAUCUUCGCCCUGGGGGUGAUUAUCUGGGCCAUGGUGGAGCGCAUCACCUUUGUGGACGUGGAGACUCAGAAGGAGCUGCUGGGGAGCUACGUGCAGCAGGGCUCAGAGAUUGUACCUUUAGGGGAGGCCCUGUUAGAGAACCCAAAGAUGGAGCUGCUGAUCCCCGCCAGGAAAAAGAGCAUGAACAGCCACAUGAAGCAGCUGAUCAGGGAGAUGCUGUCGGCCAACCCUCAGGAACGGCCCGACGCCUUUGAACUGGAGCUCAGACUGGUCCGUAUCGCCUGCAGAGAGCUGGACUGGGACACGUGAUGGACAGGGCAUCACAGACUGAUCAAGCACAUGUGCACAUCUCAUCAGCUACUGUUAACCUAGGUGGUCACAUAACAGGGGAUUUUUUUUAUUUUUUUUUUAGGGAACAAUAAUUAGAAUAGUCAUUGUUUGUAUCAUGGCUUAAAUUUCAUCCACUGUCCAAGCACAUACAGUCCUCUACUAGCUUUGUCUUUAUAUUGAAGGGGGAGACGGGUGACGCCCACCGCUGCUGCUGCUCCAAACUGCAGCUUAGUCUCAGGCUAAUCACAUCACAGCUUCCACUUCCUCCUUCCAGAAUCGCUUGAGCGUGAUGGAAGAGCAAAACGACCCUGAACGUCCUGGAUUCAAUUUUUAAAAGUGAAAGUCAAACAGUUUGUCUACAAAUAACCAUUUCCGACUCGGUGCUAAUUGUGACUAAAUGCAAUACGAGACAUUAUCCUGUGAUCAUUGCAGCGUACAUUUAUCCAAAGGGCCGAUAUUGAAACACAAUCAACCUCAAUAUGUGGAAUGUUUUGAGGCCAUUUGCAGCUUUGACAGAACCUGACUCCCAAAAACUGAUUUCAGCCUGGUUACCCGAUCACCAGCACUGAUACUUACAUCAAGAUUUGAUUCUGUUUUGGCAUCAGAUGCAGACCCGACGCUCAGGUAAUAAAUUCAUACAGCAUGAUGGUAUUUGUAGACAAACUAUCUACUAUCAAAGUCGGUUGUGUGCAGUUAGUCCUGGAGAGGAAAAAAACUACCAAACUUUGGUGCUUGAAGAUAACAUUUGUUUUUAUUUUCUCGAAGGCUGCUUCGUUCGGUUGUGUGGGUGGGGUCGGGGUGUUUUAUCAGCCGGCAGGCGCUGUUUUCCUUCUUUCUGUCCAUUUCAGACUUCAAGAUAAGUCGCUCACUCCCAGACACACCCCAAACCAGUAUAAGAGAAUGUAUAACGAUCAAGACAGGUCACCUUUGUUUCUAUAGAGCCUUAAACACAGAAACACUUGAUUUUAAAGUGUUUCACGGAGAGCCUAAAAGAUCAUUCUGGUUGACUGCGGUGCAACUUAUUCCCUCGGUUUUGGCCGUCCUUACUGUCGACGAUAACUUUGUACUCAUCUUAAUUACUGUAGCUUUUCCUUCGAUCGAGGCUAGUAAGCAGUGAUAAUUGUGGCCGAUGAACCGCUCUAAAUUUGUGGUGGUUUCUGAAACAUUUGAGAUGUUUCAUGGACCCAGCGAUUAAUCAACAGAGGAAUCGAAAGGUUAAACAACAAUUUAAAAACAAUUGUUGCGGCCCUAGAAGAUACAUGAUACUGUUCAUGGUAGAAAGACAUAAAAUGUAACUCGAAACAUGCAAAACAAAGCUUGAAUUUGUGUUAUUGUAAGUGUUUACAGAUGUGUUUCAGUUUCACGAGAAAAGGAUAUGAGCAUCAGGACAAACCAUCUAGUUCGGCUAAUGGGUUUUCCCCGAAUACAAUAAGUACUACCAAUAUUUCAGGUCCCUGCUUUGAGUUUCACCUCCAAAAAAAGUGGUUUAGGUAAUCUGUUGGCUUGUUUACAACCUGUUGGCCCACUGGUCUUCGUUGUGACAGUGUCACCGUGUCCCAGGACCUCUGCUUUUAUUUUGGUGAGUACAACGUUAUCGCCAAUAGAAAUAACGUCCAAAACUAUAAAAAAUAAAAGUUGUAAUAAACCAGACUUACCCUUGAACAAAAAAUUCCAAAUAACCGAGCACACUACAAAAAAGCAGGCUGGCCUACGUUCAGAAGACUUUGUGGAGUGACUCCCCCCCACACAUGGCAAACAAAUGUACUCUUAUCCCUAUGUUCUCCAAACAUAGAUUUAAUUAUCUGACGGGUGAGCUGCUUGUACUACAAUCAGCGACAUGAAUAUUCACAUCCCAGUUUCGACAAGAGACCUGAAUGAGUAAAAGGGGCGAGAGAGGGGUUCAGUGAAUCUCACUGAAAGCACUUUUUAUUUAGUUGUUUAUAUUUAUUCCUCAUAACUACCUACUGCAUUAUAUGGAGGAGCUCUGUGAGGCUGGAUUCAGCGCGAUAACUGCGACGGUAUUUGUUUACCGGGCGAACACAAUGUCAGCCAGCAGUCUACUUAUGCAUGAAGUGCCUCUCACCUUCAGGGAAGAAGCGAGAGAAGACACCAGCACACACAAUCCUCCAUGAGCCAGAGGAUCUCUGCUCUUUUUUUUUUGAUACAUAAUACUGUUGUGUUUAACUUGAUCUCCUCUCACUGUGUCACUGCUGCUCGUUUCCUUUGGCUCUGGAUCUUACAGUAAUCCCUUUCUUCAUGCUUCCGACAGGCUAAUUCUAAGCCUAUUAAGUUGUUGCAGCACUUGGCAGAGGAUCAUGCUCGGGACCCCUUUUGCCUUUCAGGUCAUACAUAAUUUGUGCACUUUUUUUUUUUACAGGAACCUAUAAAACCAAACAGUCCUGGCUUCCUCGUUUGCUCUCAAAACCCUGGCGGAAAAUCAAAUCUUUGUUUGACUUGUUGCCAAUAUUUGUCUGCCACAUGGCCUUUUAAUUCCCCCGCCCCCUCGCUUUAAAAAGUUUUAUUUCCCAACACAAUGCGAUUUGAAAUUUGCCUUAUUUUAUUCCUUUUCGACACUAGAGUGGCCUCAGUGAUAUGACUCGAGCACAAAAUUGGCAGAAGCUGUGCAUGAGAUGCAUCACGUUUCACCGAUUCAGCUGUGGUGCUUUUUUCUUUUUUGGUAUGAAUAGCAAUACCACGAAUCAGUAUUAAAAAAAACUAAAACAAAAAAAAAACGCCUGUCUGUGCCACAGGACUUCGACGCUGCUUCGGACAAUGUUGCUUCACUUUCAAGAAUGUGGCAUUUGUAGCUAUUUUUUUCUUUUUCUUUUCUUUUUUCGUUUCAUUCACGAGCAUCAAAGUUUGGACUCAAAGUAGGUCACCCAUAUCCUCGGAGCUCUAAGCAAGAGGAUGAUGGGUAGAGUCAUUUCCGGCCAGAUUUCUUCCUCCAACCCUCCUCGACAAGAAGAAGUGGGGGAGGAAGACGUGGCUUCCUGUGAGGUUUGAGACAUUUGCCAAACAAAUGCUUGGUCUGGGGUAUUGUGAGAUUUCACCCUUUUCUUGAUUUGAUGUAUUAAAUUCCUUUUGCACAUGUGUAAAUACUGUAUAGGAUCAACACGGGAUGAACAAGGUUGAUGUAUAUUUGAAUGGAUGUGCUCUGUUUUUAAGAGCCCCCCCCAACCCGACUUCUUUGACAUGUAAAUUGCUGUGAUGGAUACAUUUUUACUUCAGCUCUUACUUACAGCUUCGGUUUACUUCAAUCAUGGAAAAUAUGUGAUAUAUUUACAGGUCAAUACUGUUGGUGUGCUAGUGAUAAUUGUACGUUUAUUUUUUUCAUUGGCCUGUUUGUGGAUUUCGUGUAAGCAAAGCUGGUAUACAACGUCGGGUCGACGCCAAUAGUCUCGUAUCUGUCUGGUACCGGGGCUGUAUGGAAACGGAACGACGGUCUUCUUUGGAACUCACCACUUUUUUGGCUCUGAUCCAGGACAGCUUUGCUCCAAGAAUCUGUGAUGGGAAGAUUGUUACAAAAUAAGACCUCACUGGAUGGUUGGCGAUCUUUUCAGCGACCAGAUAGGGAGAAAGGACUUACUAAUAUUUACAGAAAAAACACGCCACUUUGCACCACCAUUUAGAUUUCCAACCAUUCUGUGAGACCAGAUUGUCUAGUUUUUUCCUGUUGCGAAUGUCUUAAAGGUCCAGUGUGUAAGAUUUAGGGCUAUCUUUUGGUAGGCAUUGAAUAUAAUAUGAAUUAUUAUGUUUUCAUGAGUGUAUAAUCACCUGAAAAUAAGAACCGUUAUGUUUUUGUUGCCUUAAAAUGAGCCCUCUCUAUCUAAGGAAAGACUGGGAGUUUGCCAUGUUGAACCGCCAUUUUUCUACAGUAGCCCAGCAGGCAAACCAAACACUGGCUCUAGAUAUAUCCUUUUGCUUUUCAUGUGAAUUUCUCAGCCAGACUCUUUCCUACAUGCUUGGAAAUGGGAGAGUAUUCGGUUGGUUGCAAUGUGCAACGUCGCUGCAAGGUGCCACUAAGUCCUACACACUGGACCUUUAAGUUCCAGGAGAUACAGAUGCAGGACUGUGAUGCCUACCGAGUCCUGGAUCAGGGCCACACUUAACAUA